AUGGAAUUUACUGUAUGUCAAAUAUGCAUUACCAUCACCAAUGACAAUAAUGCAUCUUUUAGUUAUGGUCGUAGUGAAGGUACACCAACUGAAAAAGGAUUGCGCAUUGAUGCACAGGCUGCAUUGGACUAUAUUAAAGAGGAUGAAGUAUUUAAAGAUACAAAGCUUAUAAUUUACGGACAAUCAUUGGGUGGAGCAGUCGCAAUUGAUUUAGUCUCAAGAUAUGAAGAACAAGUAGACGCGUUAAUUAUCGAGAACACAUUUUUAAGUGUGCCAAAAUUAGUUCCACAUCUUGUACCACAGCUUCGUUACCUAACAUUUUUGUGUUUUCAAAUCUGGCCAUCAGAUAAAUCCAUAACAAAGAUUAAGCAAACGCCCAUUCUAUUUUUAUCAGGGAAAAAAGAUGAGAUUAUACCACAACAACAUAUGAAAUCGUUAUAUGAAUUAGCAAAACCAACAGGGGGGAAAGAAUGGAAAGAAUUUAACGAACUUACGAGGAUAUCAAAAGCAGCGGGACGAGAAAAUGAAAGAGCGAAUACCUUUCGGGAUGCAAGGGUCAUAUAUUUUAAAUGUUUAAUAGUUGUCGAUAAAUGGUCAGGCAUGAUAUUGUGGCGUGUUUACUGUCUUCGAUUGAAACUUUAUAAUCGUGACAUUGAUAGCUGGGCGCUUUCAUUGAUAGGGAUAAUCUAUUUUAACAUUGAAAUUUUAUUGGAGAAACCCUGCCCUUACAUAAUUCAUACAGAUCAUCAAUCUAAAAAGUUAAAGAUAAUCGACUUUAGCCUUUUUUAUGGAGAGGCUAAAGAUGUAGCGGUAGUUCAUGGUAGUUUCAUGUGCAAAGAAGCAAAGUAUGAUAAUAUCUUUACUCAGAGAACUAGUACCUUUAAAAGAGAUAUUGUUAAAUGUCAUAAAGAAAAAGAUCGAAAACACCAAAGAGCAAAACAACAAUUCAGAUCUAUAUUAACAGAUCAGCUAUUUGAAAGUGAUCUUAAAGUUAUUCAUCAAAUAAA